GCUCGAAACUACUGGCACACAUAUCGCUCACUUACGAUGGAGCUCGAGUGCGACGACCGUGCAAAGCGGGGCACGUCGCGUGCUGAGCGCCUUGCCAUGCUUGAGUUCUUACGCAUUCCGCACAACUUUGCGUUGAUGACUGGCCAGGCCAGCAAAGGAAAGUCGGCGAAAGGUGGGCAGAGACUCACGAAAGCCCACGGCCAUGCCCUGAUGGCCGAAUACGUGAACAUGAUCGUUCGCGACAGCACACGAACGUGGACAACGCAGGACGCAAAGUCCAGAUACGAUGCGUACGUCUCAUCGUACAAGAAAGCACUUCGUUGGUGCGGUCCAAACAACAGCGGUCGAGGUCUUACUCAGAAGGACUACAAGCGAAGUAGAACAUAAUUUGAAGAUGAAUCUCACUCAUUCUGUAGAAAUCUUUACGAUUGAAAGCAAGUUGGAGAGUAUUGUCCGUACUACAACGACAUGAAUGGC